CUCAAACGCCGACUCGAAUAAACUAUGGCAGGCCAGAGCGUGCUGAGGGGACGGGGAGAGUCGGGGGGAGAAUGUGCAGACAGGGCUGCCCAAUAAAGAGGAGGCAGACCAGGCAGAUCAGACAGACAGUGCCGCCAGUGCAGACCGCGGUGAAAGUGCUCUCUGGCUUGGAGACGGAGCUUUUGCUAAGGCCUGUCCGAGCUCCACAGGCCCGACUUCUCCCGACGCUCCCGGCCUGAGUGGGCGCGUCGCGGCUUCAUAUUUGCGGUGCGACGACUCCAGUCAUUCCUCGUCGUCUCGCCAUUGAGCCCCCGCCAUUGAGCUCCCCCGUCGCAGCUCCAGCCCCAGCCGCCUGCCAUGUUCCGCUCCGCUCGAACGCAGCUCCGGGCUGCCGAGGCCGCACAUGCGCAUAUGAUCCCCCGCAGUGCCCGCACUCUCUCCGCAUUCUCUCGCCUGCCCGCCAGGACGCCGCUGCAGCACCGCCAGUUCAGCCUCUCGCGCACCAUGGCCAGCACCCGCACCGAGAGCGACGCCUUUGGCGAGAUCCAGGUCGAGGCCGACCGCUACUGGGGCGCCCAGACGGAGCGCUCGCUGGAGAACUUCAAGAUCAACCAGCCGCAGGACCGCAUGCCGCCGCCCAUUGUGCGCGCCUUUGGCAUCCUCAAGGGCGCCGCCGCGACCGUCAACAUGAAGUACGGCCUGGACCCCAAGCUCGGCCGGGCCAUCCAGCAGGCGGCCCAGGAAGUGGCCGCCCUCAAGCUCGUCGACCACUUCCCGCUCGUCGUGUGGCAGACGGGCUCGGGCACCCAGUCCAACAUGAACGCCAACGAGGUCAUCUCCAACCGCGCCAUCGAGCUGCUCGGCGGCACCAUGGGCUCCAAGAAGCCCGUCCACCCCAACGACCACGUCAACAUGUCGGCCUCGUCCAACGACACCUUCCCCACCGUCAUGCACAUCGCCGCCGUCCUCGACUUCGAGGAGUCGCUGCUGCCCGCCCUCGCCAGCCUGCGCGACGCCCUCAGGAAGAAGAGCGAGCAGUGGGAGUCGCUCAUCAAGAUCGGCCGCACCCACCUGCAGGACGCGACGCCCCUGACGCUGGGCCAGGAGUUCUCGGGCUACGUGCAGCAGCUCGACUUUGGCAUUGAGCGCGUGCAGUCGUGCCUGCCGCGCCUGAAGAUGCUGGCCCAGGGCGGCACCGCCGUCGGCACCGGCAUCAACACCUUCAAGGGCUUCGCCGAGGACGUGGCCACCGAGGUCAGCAAGAUGACGGGCACCGACUUCAUCACCGCCCCCAACAAGUUCGAGGCCCUCGCUGCCCACGACGCCAUCGUCGAGGCCCACGGCCAGCUCAACACCCUCGCCACGUCGCUCUUCAAGAUCGCCCAGGACAUCCGCUUCCUCGGAUCCGGCCCUCGAUGCGGUCUUGGCGAGCUCAAGCUGCCCGAGAACGAGCCCGGCUCCUCCAUCAUGCCUGGCAAGGUCAACCCCACCCAGUGCGAGUCCCUGACCAUGGUCUGUGCCCAGGUCUUCGGCAACCAGGCCGCCACCACCUUUGCCGGCUCCCAGGGCAACUUCGAGCUCAACGUCUUCAAGCCCGUCAUGAUCCGCAACCUGCUGCACAGCUCCCGUCUGCUCGCCGACGCCAUGCGCAGUUUCGAGAAGAACCUGGUCGCGGGUCUCGAGGCGGAUGAGAAGCGCAUCGGCUCGCUGCUGACCGAGAGUCUCAUGCUCGUCACCUGCCUCAACCCCGUCAUCGGCUACGACGCCGCCAGCAAAACCGCAAAAUACGCACACAAAAAGGGCAUGACCCUCAAGGAGGCCGCCAUGGAGCUCAAGGUCAUCAGCUCAGAGGACUUUGACAAGCACGUCCGUCCCGAGCUCAUGAUUGCCCCCAAGGAGGCCAAGCUAUAGACGGUUAGUGAAGAGUCGAAAAUCAAAAGUAAAAACUUGUAUAUGUAUAUACAGCUACCAUCCAGCAUGUGAGUGUUGUGUAAAAUAUAAAGUGUUGUCGUAGUUAUUUGCUAUGCUAUCGUACUCUCUCUCGUUCUUUUCAUCCAUGUUUUUGGAACGCGAUGUUUGAUCGUAAAAGUUGUCCGGAUUAUUCUGUUCAUAUCAAAAACUCAAACCCCCCAAACGCCUAGAAAUGGAAAUAACCUUCUUCUCUCCAACAAAUCCUGUCGACUUCCCCCACCACCACCAAACCCCCUACUUCCAUCAACCCAAACCAAACCACAUCAUUCAGCGCCACGAUGGA